GCGUAAACCCUGAACUGCAAUGAAUUGAGUGAUCCUCUCUGCUAAACACAUCCACCGAUCGUGUCGAGGAAUUGUCACAAUGCAUCUGUGACUGCCUCCCCCCUUUCACCGACAUAGCAGAACCUCUUUCUUCUAUUCCUCCUCGAUGGGCCAAGCCCCUCCAAACUCGAACCGCAACCUGGGAAAUGUUCGCCAGAAUCAAGGUUCGUAACGUGUCCUAGGGGUUGUGGCAGAUAAAGCAGGAAGUCGGGCGAAGAACACAGUACAAGAUGGCCUCUACCCGAUUCAAUCAGCCCGACCAGCGAAAGGUUGCAAGUUCCCCGAGACCAAAGGGACGAGAUAAUGCAAAGGAUACUCUUUGCAGAAAUGUGUUGAUAUAUGGCCAUUGUCGGUAUGAGGAUCAAGGUUGCGCUUUCAACCAUGAUCCAAAUAAAACCCUUUCAUUGCCAUCUGAUAUGUCGGCGAAGAAGACUCUAAGUGUAGACUCCCCUGCAUUCACGCCAGCCACUCUCUCCGCCCCUGGCAAGAGUUCUGCAAUAUCAUCCCAAGCUGUAAAUGCGGCUCCUUUCACUCCUCGCGGCUUGGCCAGUGGCACCGUAACACCGAUCCCGCAAGCAGAGACAGAACCGGCCACUUUCAAUCCUGCACAGAUUAAGGAGUUCACACCGCAGCAGACUUAUGAUAUAUCUACAAACCCUCCCGCCAACGGCACUGCUCCAGACGCGCAGAUGCCCUACGAUCCGUUCUCCAUGUCUUCGGUCGCCGACGCAAUGCCUUCAGCACCGUAUAACCCAUACCUUCAAGCAGAUAACAGCGCCAUGCCAAGCAAUGGAGCUGCUUACUACCAAGCCCAACCAUCGUUCGCCGCGCCCGCUCAGCCACUCCAAUACCACCUUUACGCCCCUAUCGGACCUCACAGAGAGGAUCUGACCCCGUACCAAAGAACUGUCCACGAUUUCUUCAUUCCCAAUAGCCUUCGAGAAGACCUCCAGAGAAAGUCCGAGGCCACCCGCCAAGUAAUGCCAAACUCUGGACUCCCUCGUCUUGAAAAGGAAAAAUAUCACAGCUUAGUCCCAUUGGACACUAAUAACAACAAGAGCGCUGCUGUCUUUGGUUUCCCAAGUUGGGUCUACAAGGCUCAGAAGGAGGAUGGUAAAUACUAUGUUCUGCGCCGACUCGAAGGAUUUCGUCUGAGCAACGCGGGAGCGAUAGGACGUAUCAAGGAGUGGAAACAUAUUUACAACGGCGGCGUCGUGUCUGUUAUCAAUUCCUUCACUACUCAAGCUUUUGGCGACAGCUCUCUCAUCUUCGUCUACAACUACCACCCCAUGUCUAAGACGCUCGCUGAACACCAUUUCUCGCCAACCAAUCGCUACGGUCAUCGUGCACCUGCCAACGAACAGGUUCUGUGGUCUUACAUUGUCCAAAUCGCUUCAGCUAUCAAGGCAGUCCAUGGCAACAAUUUAGCGGUUCGUUGUCUUGAAGCAAGCAAGGUUAUCCUAACCGAAAAGAACCGUGUUCGUCUCAGUGGGUGCGCUGUGCUUGAUGUCGUUCAGUUCGAGGCCAAUCGUCCAAUCCAUGAGCUGCAACAAGAAGAUUUCCUCCACUUUGGAAGGCUCAUGCUCUCGAUUGCCGCCAAUAAUCAGCACAUCAGCAUCAACGCAAAGGUCUCCAUUGAGCAGCUUCUGCGUGCUUACACACCUGACUUCCGUAGCGCAAUCGUUUGGCUCCUGACUCCAGCUCACGUACCAGCUACGAAGAAUAUCAAUGACUUUCUGGCCAGCAUUUCGAGUCACCUCGUAUCAUCCUACGAUGCGUCUCUCCAUGCCAAUGAUGCUCUCAAUACCGUCCUGGCUGGAGAACUUGAGAAUGGUCGUUUGUUCCGCCUCGUGACUAAGCUUGGCUUGAUCAAUGAGCGACCUGAGUACGACGGACAGGAAAAGUGGAGCGAGGUUGGUGAACGCUACAUCUUGAAGCUGUUCCGAGACUUUCUGUUUCACGCACGCGACCCUGUCACCCUGCGACCACAGGUCGACCUGGGAUAUAUUCUGACCCAUCUGAACAAAUUGGAUGCCGGCUCAAAGGAGGAGAUCAGACUUAUCAGUCGAGAUGAGCAGGAUUGUAUCAUUGUCACGUAUCAGGAGUUGAAGAAGCAGAUCCAGCUGGCAUUCGCCGAGUUGUCCAAGCCGGCGACUGUCGUCAAGGGGGGGAGGUAUUAGAGGAGGAGGGCGAUGGCCUUGGAUAUGUAUGAGGUAUUAUCGGUAUAUGAAUCAUCAGAAAGCAAAGAUAUUUGCUUGCACUGACGAGCUGAAGAGCUGCCAGGUGGAAUGAAUGCAGCAGCGGGGAGAAAUAUUCAGUGCUCACGAGAAACGUAUGCAGAGAGAAGCAAGCAAGCAAGCAAGCAAUUAUAAUCAAAAACAUUUGCAAAUUCAUCGGUUCAAGUUAGUAAGUAGCGCUCCGUAGUCAUGGCAAGAAUAAUUUCAGAGAA